AAAAAAAAAACCCAGCCCGUUUCAGUGUUUCUUUUCAAACCUAGCCAUCAUCUUCUUCUCUCUACUCAAACCCUAGCCUCUCUCUUUCCCUCACUCUCUGUGCUUCUCUUUGAGCACGAAAUCCACAACGUCGUUUUCAGCUUCCGGUCACGGAAAGUCGCCGGUGGAGAUUCGGACGUGGCAGGUAGCGAGCAAGUGCUUCCUCUAGAGCUAGAUGAAGACAACGACGGUUUCAUAGUAGCCGAGAAUCUGAGCUUCGGGUUUCCUUCUGCCGAUCAGAGAAGACACAGUAGCUUCGUUAGAGAAGAGAGGGAGUGGGUAACGGUGCCAAGAAAAAGCGUCGACGUUCCGUCAGUAACGGCGCCGCCGCGAAGGCCGGUUUCGACGGUGGCUCCGCUUUUUCUUGUAUGGCUUUCAUGAUUUUUUAGGGCUUUUCUGUAUUUUUUUAAUUUUUAGUAGAUUUUAACUGUUUGCUAGGUGAGAAAGUGUGGGAAAGUAUAAGAAAUUUGUUUAAUAUUUUGGUCAUUUUUUAAGAUUUUAGAUUAUUUAGGUCAUUUUCAUUGUAAUUGGGUGGGUUGAGAUUUACUCAUAAUAAGGUGAUAACUAUAAACUUAGCUGCCUUUAAUCCCAAACUCUAAACUCUCGCCCUCAUCAAUAAAAAAAACGUUCGUUGUCUCGUUUCUACACUCUCCAGCCAUCUCCUAUGGCUCCAGUUUUUGUUUUCGAAACUUCUAGCGACGAAGAACACGAUAAUUUUCAACCAGAAGAAGAAGAAGAAGAAGAAGACGAAGAUAAAGAAGAACAGCUAUUGAAUAAGAAGACAGAAUCUCCAUGGGACUUUGCUCCCUACUACGAAUCAGUAGCUGAGGAACAUGCCCGUAAAAGUACAACCUCCAUCGAUUUCAAAAUCACCAAAGCACUCCAAAAUCGCACUAUUCCUAUCAUUCCCAACUACGAUGACUCUGAAUCCGAUUCCAACAAACAAGAAGAAGAGGAUAGGAUUGAAGAUGAGGAUAAAGAGACUGGUGAUGCCGUCGACGUUAAAUCGUUCUAUGUGCCUUCUGACAGAGCUUCGUUCAGUGCCAUUUCAUUCAUUGAGCUGAAUUUAUCGCGUCCUUUGCUUCGUGCUUGCGAGGCUUUGGGGUAUAGUAAGCCUACACCAAUUCAGUCGGCGGUUAUACCGUUAGCAAUGAAUGGGAGUGAUAUAUGUGGGAGUGCUGUUACUGGUUCCGGGAAGACGGCUGCCUUUGCGUUGCCUACUUUGGAGAGAUUACUGUUUCGUCCAAAACGUGUGCUAGCGAUAAGGGUUCUUAUUCUUACCCCAACCAGAGAGUUGGCAGUUCAGGUUCACAGUAUGAUAGAGAAACUUGCUCAAUUUACUGACAUCAGAUGUUGCCUGGUUGUUGGUGGGCUUUCGACAAAGGUGCAAGAGGCAGCCUUGAGAUCAAUGCCUGAUAUUGUUGUGGCCACUCCAGGACGCAUGAUAGAUCAUUUACGCAAUUCUGUGUCUGUGGAUUUGGAAGAUCUUGCGGUACUAAUCCUUGAUGAGGCUGAUCGCCUUCUGGAGCUUGGAUUUAGUGCUGAAAUUCGUGAGCUGGUCCGUCUAUGUCCGAAAAGAAGGCAGACCAUGCUAUUUUCAGCUACAAUGACCGAGGAAGUUGAUGAGCUUAUCAAGCUUUCUCUGACCAAACCCUCGCGCCUCUCAGCGGACCCAUCCAAAACACUGCCACAAACUUUGACUCAGGAGGUGGUUAGGAUACGCCGGAUGCGUGAAGUAAAUCAGGAAGCAGUUCUUCUUGCAUUGUGCUCAAAGACUUUUACUUCCAAAGUUAUCAUCUUCAGCGGAACAAAACAGGCUGCACAUAGGUUUAAGAUUCUAUUUGGAUUAGCUGGCCUUAAAGCUACUGAGCUUCAUGGAAAUCUUACCCAAAUCCAGCGCCUUGAUGCUUUGGAACUUUUCAGAAAGCAGCAAGUCGACUUUUUGAUUGCAACUGAUGUAGCUGCUCGUGGACUUGAUAUCAUAGGUGUUCAAACAGUUAUAAAUUAUGAAUGUCCUCGGGAAUAUAAAAGCUAUAUUCAUCGUGUUGGUCGUACAGCAAGAGCUGGUAGGGAAGGAUAUGCUGUUACAUUUGUUACAGAUAAUGACCGAUCUCUUUUGAAAGACAUUGCUAAAAAAGCUGGUUCCAAGCUGAGAAGUCGAACUGUUGCAGAGCAAUCAAUAACCAAGUGGUCUGAGAUAAUUGAGCAAAUGGAAGAUCAAGUGGCUGAGAUUCUUGAAGAAGAGAGGGAAGAGAGAACCCUAAGAAAAGCUGAAAUGGAAGUAUCAAGGGCAGAAAAUUUGAUUGCAUAUAGGGAGGAAAUAUAUUCACGGCCCAAGAAAACCUGGUUUGUUACCGAAAAGGAGAAAAGGCUUGUUGCGAAGGCAUCGAAGGCACCUGUGGAAAAAGAAACGAAUUCUGGAAAAGCGGUAAUCAGUGCACAAGAAGCUGAAGACCUCAAAAUGAAAGAAAAAAGGAAGCGAAAGCAUGAGAAAAAUUUGCCCCGGAAGAAGCGUCGAAAAUUGGAAGCAGCUAGAGAAAUUCUGGAGGAUGAAAAUCAAAUGAAAAAAUUAGAAGGUAAUGAUAAAAACAAGAAUGAAAAGACUGGAUUGUCCCUUGUUGAACUGGGUUACCGACGGGCAAAAGCAGUGAAGGCUGUGAAGAAGGCACUAGAUACAGGCAAGAUUGUGAAGAACACCAAGAAAUCUGAACGUCCUAACCAAAGACAACAAUCAAGGACAAGAGAGAUGCAGGAGCUAUUUCAAAGUGACAUGAGUGAGAAAAAGCAGAAAAGAAAUUCUGUUCCAGGCAAGAAAAAGUCCAAACAUUCAUUUAAGAGCAAGUCAAGGUAUAAGCGCAAGUAGAACUAUGAAGUGAAGCUGGUGGCUAAGUUUUCCUUCGGCAUCUAACUUUAUGUGAGAGAACAAGCUGUCAACGGGAAUUGUGCAUUUGGUGGACAGUGAUAUAUUUAUCUUUGUAACCCAUUUUAUAGAAGAGGUAGCAGAUUCAAAAGUAGUUUGUGUCAAAUAUCAUUUGCAUUUUUGGGGUUGGGGAUAGGAAAGGGGUCCUGCUGCUUUAGGAAGACAUUGUUACUGUAGCAACUAGCUGAUCCAGUUGGCUCCCCUUCAUUUUUGUGAUAAAUUAUUUCGAUGUAGUGUUGUUGUUCCAUUAGUUAAGCAUUAAAGAAAGAAGGUUGCGUUCCAAA